AUGUCCGCCUGCUCCAACCGCGCGCGGCCGUCGACCGGCAAGCACACGCCUCGACUCGGACACACGACCGGGAUUGCCAGCAUCGUGUUUGACAAGCACAUCUGUGUAAAAAAAGUUAGGGUCAUCGAGCUGGGGGCGGGCGGGGAGCGCCUGCAGCGUCCCGCCGCCCUUGGCCGGGUCCGCCUCUUGCACGAGGACGAGCGAGGCGAGAGCUUCCGGGAGACGUACUGGGCGUGGUACAAUCUCUCGGCACGGGCCGCGAUCGGCAACGCGGCGUACGCGGCCGGGGUGGCGGCGACAGCCAAGGCCAGCGCGAGCGAGGCGGCAGACGCGCCCCUGCUGGGCGCGGCCGUCGACGAGCUCGCGCUCGACGACGAGACGGUCGCCGAGGCGAUCGCGGCGCUAGACGGAGGCGACGGAGUGCCGGGCUGCGGCGAUGAUGCCGAUGAAGACGCCGGCGGGUGA